AUGAGAGAUCAGGGUUUUCAGCCUCAAGUAGUUUCUCCUAUACUACCAUCAGUAGUCCCUGCUCCUGCCACUACUCCUUGGGUAAGGGAUAGAGCACGUAUCCCACUAUUGGCUCGGUCAGUAAAGGACCGAUUUACUUUAUUCCAUGGAGUUCCCGACCCUAGUAUUGCUCGUUCUUGGUUGGGAAAUGUGGAGGAUACUUUCGAGUAUUUGUCGUGUACCGAAGAAGAAAAAGCCGAACUAGCUGCAUACCACCUCCGAGAUCAGGCUGAUACUUGGUGGAAGAUGCAGAAGACACUUUUUGGAGACCAGAGUAUCACCUGGACUUUAUUCCGAGAUGCAUUCGAGAGACAAUAUUUCCCAUCUCCUUUUUGUAUGGCCCGUCGACAGGAAUUCUUACAUCUGAAGCAGGGUGAUCGGACUGUGAUGGAGUAUGAUGCGGAAUUUAACCGAUUAGCUGAGUAUUGCCCUCAUAUAAUUGCCCAGGAGAGCGAGCGGUUAGAUCAGUUCACUCAGGGUCUUGCAGCUUAUAUCCGUAUCAGGAUGUCUGGCUUUACUCCUAGUACGUACCGGGAGGCGUUAGAUAGAGCUUUGAUGAUUGAGAUGACACAACAACAAGUUUCCCUGGAAAAAGGAAAGGAUAAGCAAAAGGCUACUUCGGGGGAGUCCUAUCGAUCAUCGAAGACGGGACGAUCAUCUGCUGGUUCUUCUAGACCUCCUCAGAAGGAUUCUUCUGGUGAACCUAGAUGUUUUAGAUGUGGUGUUGAUGGCCACGCUAAACCUAACUGGCCAUUGAGCCAAGAUAUAUGUUACUACUGUAAGCUUCCGGGGCAUGUGAGCCGCGAUUGUACUCUGAAGGCUCAGCUGCAGGCUGCCAAGGUUACUGCUCAAGGAAGUCAUAUUACUCAGACUCGACGGCCGAAGGGACCACAGAAGACGCAGAGCACUCCACAUCAGCAGAGUAUACCACCUUCUCAGGCAUAG